CUAAACAAGAUGAUGGUGGAAGUUUGGAUGACGAUCCGGAUGAAGAAAGGGAUAGUGCUUCCUCUUGUGCCUCUGUCACAGACGCUGACCGUCCUAUCGUUCGCCGACGUAAAACUGCUAGGAGAACAGCACCAUCCUCAACCGUACCACAAAUGUUCGAAACCUAUUAUAAUAUUGGAUCAUCUUUGUCAAAGAAGCGACGCAGUAAUAAGCCCGAGAAAGAGGAUAUGUCUAAGGUGCCACCUCCAUUACCCAGGGAUAAGGAACUGCUCAGAGCCUGGAUUUUUCAUUGGAUGAAGCUUAUAG